GUUGGAUUAUACGAGUUAGUUUUAUACCAUCUGCGCUAUGGAGCCGUACCUUCAGCGUUACAUUUUGUGUCAUGGAUACGCCAUAGGCCUCGGUGCUUUUAUUGUGGGGCCGCUUACAGUGGCCUUCAGUGCACUAGGAUUAACUUCAUCUUCUCAUCUGGCAUUUUAUACUUGGGUAUACAUGAUCGGACGCUGGGCGUGGCUGUUGGGCGUUCUGUGGAUAUUGUCCGGUGUCAGCUUCCUGUUUGGAAUUGUUAAGAAAAGAAAACCAGCCCUGUACCCACUGCUUCUCCUGAUUGGAGUUCAACUGCUGCUUAUUCUCAUCGGAGAUGUAUUCAUGGCGUUGGACCAGGACAACACCUGGAAUUUGAGUUGGAAUUUUACCCCGUUUUUGGACGUGGCCCAGUUUGCAAACAUUAUCUACGUAAUAGUGCAUGUGGGAUUCACAAUUGUGGUGCUGGGAAAGUUGAUCGAUGAACAUUCUUGGAAGUCCAACUGGUCGGGAACGAAUAUGGAGGUUUACAGUACAACUAUUGUGAAUGAUUCGUCAGAAUACGCGGUCAUUAAUUGAAGUUAUAAAAACUCCAACAAUCUCAUACAGUAAAUGAAUACUACAUUUUUAAACAAUAAAAAUAUGUAUAUGUUUUUCGUGAACUGCAAUAAAUGCAGUUGCAGGUCUUUCACAAAUAAACCAUACCAAACAUACUGACCAAUAAUUGUGUCAGAGUUACCCAUAAUAGUUGAUUGAUUGUCAUAUAGCAUUUGGUAGUCAAUGCUGAAUUCUAGCAAAUACCACAAAUUGUGAUUAUUGUCCAAUCACACUGCCACCCCCCACAAUCACCAUUAUUGACUCACACUCCCGGCGAGGUGGCAAAAUUGCGAAAACUACUGGAAAGUUAUGAAUUAUUGAUUAGCGUGCGACCGUUCGACCACCACCUCGCUCAGCCAAUACGGCAUUUUUCACACAGCUCAGCUGGCGGCGGCGGCGUGUGCAAUUGCAACAACGAUUGCAAUGAACCCGGUUCUGCCGAUUUGCACCGCGUGGUCAGUGCAACACAUACGAUUCUAAAGCACACACAGCUGCUUCUCUACUAUAGGGCAGUUCGAUUGUGUUGUGAAUAUUUGCUGAUCCAUAUUUGAGUAGUAAAAUGGGCUUUUGAUUGCUCAAGUCCACGUGAAGGAAGUGCAGCACUGCAGCAGCGCGGGGAUUUCUUCGUGGUGCUGAUGCAUGUCGCAAAUACGCGGUAAAUUGAUUCUUUACAAACAGCUGACCAAACUAUUAUCGCUGCGGUCACUGGCUUGGGCAAUUUGCUUAUUGGAAUGGUGGUUUUAAUAAAUAAAAUGUUCCUUAACGUCAAAGUUACAGAGAUGAUUACAUUAGUCCGUCAAUCUUAAAUUGCGAUAACGUUCCUAACUACAAUGAAAGUGUUAGAGUCCUGGAAUUGGAUGGAAAACUUUCUUGAUCCCUUCUUUCUUGAUCAUUGAGUAUCAGUUAAUUACCACGAAAGAGUUUUUAGAACCCUUUCUAAAAAAAGCUCUGUCCAACAGAGGUGGUGAAGCUAUAAUGAGGGAAAGAACAUUCAGAGUGUAUCAUCAAUCAACAACCGUUCUUAUCGCUAUGUUAAGAUCAUCAUCUCCCAGUUAUGAAAGCCACACAGUCAACUAAACACGUUCUAAGUACCAGUUUCAAUUUUGAUUCGAAACUCCCAUCUCCCAGCCACAAUGGAACCGUGAACUUCGAUUGUACUGCCUCGUCAAGAGUUACGUCCUCGAAGUGGCGGCCCGUUGCUGCCACUCGAUCGCUCUGGCAGAUCACCCGCAUACUAGAAGCGUCGUUGGUUUUCUGAAUCGGGUGUAUCCUUGUAAAUGAAAUUCUAUCGGAGUGAUCCUCCACAAGAAAAUUAUAAAACGAAACUUUACUCAUAAUAGAUUUCAUCAUUUUUUUGGACUGAAUCCUUGAUUGUUCUGUGGGUCCUGGUUAGAGCUUUGUUUUUGAAUAGAAAUGGAAUACGUCGUACUAAUCGUCCUUUUACGUUGAUCAAAUUGAUGUAGGAUACUAGAUCAUUUUGAUUCACGCCUUCACGAUUUACGAGGCUUUUUAUCCCUAGGCUGGUUCGCCUCGGAUAAAAUGACUAUUUUGUUUUUUUCUCUUUUCUUUUUUUUUUUUUUGAACGCAAAUGGUAGUGUUUUUUAUCGGUUUCAGGCAAGGUUCUACAUUGCUUUCGGGGUAUAACCCGCCUCCUAAGGAUUUACUCAAUUUUAGCCAAGAAAUGCACAAAAAGUUCAUUCUAUGGAAUUGCUUGCAAUCAAAAGUUCAAUAAAGCCUGAAACCGCAAUAAUCUGUAUACAAGAUACGGCUGUAACUCUGCGGUGAAUCGGUAUAAUUGGCCAAAAAAAUAGACUGAAAACGAUGAUGGCUGCCCGAGCAAAUUACCAUAACUGACCAGUAACAAACAGAUAACUAGUGUUCGCUCCAGAACUCAUUUUACAAUGUUGUGUUAUCAUCUUGAUUAUUCAUGUUAACAUACCUGUCGAACUGGGGGCAUCAUCGACGACAACAACAACGGAAAUUAGUUAUCAAUGGCCGUUGCAAAUAUCUUUCUGAUAACAAAAUGAGUUUUCAAUAGGAUAAAAAUAAUUGAUUUGCAGAAGUUGUUAUCAGGUUGCCUUUGAUGAUAACAUCAUAAGAUAUUUUAAUGAUAUCCUGAGUAUACGUGAUUGUUAUCAUGGUUGUUAUGUUGCCUGGUGAUUCAGCCAAAAUGAGAACAAAUUUAGUUAAUUAUUUUUGAUAUCAGAUAACACAGUAUGUUAUCCGGUUGUUAUGGAACUUUGCUCGGAAAAAUUAGCCAUACAAAACCAUGCUAUGUAUUGUAAUUUUACAGUAAACACAUCAUCGCCACUAAUAAAUAAUACCAUUCAGUGUAUGGUAAAUGGCACUUUACAAUAAUAAUGUGAAAAGAGAGAAGAGUGAGACGUCUCUACGUCUGUGAUCAGACGCAAUGGGUUCUAAGUGUUCUAGGCGUCACAAUAGAUCAAAAAACUGGUCGCAGUGACUUAUAUACCCAACAAGGAAUAAAAAAAAAGUGUUCUAGGCGUAAGUCGUCCCCUUGAGUGUUCACUGUCAACUUUCGAUCAAACUUAUACUGUUUUUAUUGUUAGAAAACAAAUGCUUUUUCUCGAAUAUCAAGUGAUUCAAACUAUUUAGAAAUUAACCGAAUUGCAACAAUAAAAAAACUUGUUGGGACCUUCUGUAAAACUAAUUUAAGUUAAAAUUAGUAGAAUAAUAUAUUUUGACGGGCUUGGUGAUCUAGUGGCUACCGCUUCUGAUUCGUGCUUUCCCUCCUACUUUGUAUCUUUCGCUUUCUAUAUGCUUUCUCCCUCCUCUACUUAGGCAACUCAUGUACAGGGUGUCAGGUUCCUGAGUGCAAACUUUUUAAAGGGUGAUAGAGGACCAUAAAUGGUGAAAAAAAUUGUUCUACGCAUAUGGUCAAACCUCAACCGUUACGUAGUUAUUGAACUCCCCAUGUUUUUGACUCUUAUUGCCUUAACUGGUUAUAACUUUAAAAUGGUUAAACUUAUCGCAGUUUUUUUACCCUUAUUCGAAAGAUUAUUGAAUUUUCUAUCAAAUGACAACUUUUAACCCAUUGGUUUAGUUAAAUAACUAAGCUUUCUAGAGAAAAUAGCUUAAAAGUAGUGAGUUUUAAUUUGUUUUUGUCAAUUAUCUUUGAAAAAUGCGUAAUAAUUUAAAAUUCCUUCUUUGGCAAAGUUGUGGCCCCUGUUCCACUCUACAAUUCGUUCUUUGACGCAAAACUUCUAUCUCUUAUCGUUUUCUUGCAAUUUUGAUUUAAACGUCGCAUUCCAGAUCAAAAAUUUGCAAUCGUCAUGGUAAGCACUUUUUUGCGCACUGUGCUGCAUAUUUAAAUCAAAAUUGCAAGAAAACGAUAAGAGUUAGAAGUUUGACGUCAAAGAACGAAUUGUAGAGUGGAACAGGGGCCACAACUUUGCCAAGAAAAGAAUUUUAAUUUAUUACGCAUAGUUCAAAGAUAAUUGACAUUAACAAAUUAAAACACGCUAUUUUUAGCUAUUUUGCUCUAGAAAACUUAGUUAAUUAACUAAACCAAUCGAUUCAAACAUGCCAUUUGAUAGAAAAUUCAAUAAUCUUUCGAAUAAGGGUUAAAAAACCAUUUUAAAGUUAUAGCUAGUUAAGGCAAUAAGAGUCAAAAACAUGGGGAGCUGAAUAACUACGUAACGGUUGAGAUUUAACCAUAUGUGUAGAACAGUUUUUUCACCAUAUAUGGUCCUCUAUCACCCUUUAAAAAGUUUGCACUCAUGAACCUAACACCCUGUAUAAUAUGAUUAUCGCUAGAACCAGAAACGGUUAACCCUUAUGUGGCCGGCAGGGUACCCGGGUACCCAGCACCCAUUUAAAAUACACGGUGUAGAAAAAAGCAAAAAGUUUGCCGGCCACAUAACGGUUAUUAAGCCGUUUUCCUUCCUUCCAAUUUUCACAGCGGAUUAAUCCAUCAUAUAACGCCUGCGAGUUAGGCAAUCAAGCGAACUGUGCCGCAUCAACUUCUCAAUAAUAAUCUUAAAUGUCUAACACCUUGCGCCUGGCAACCCUCUGCAAACCAUAUCCCACCAACACUCCGACAUCCACACGAAUUUGCGCAGACGCAGAGAGGUAUAUUCAGUCUGCUGUGGAUACAAACGAUUGCAAUAAUCACUUCCUUCCUUUCCUCACAUUGACCUGCAAUCUGACUUAAUAGGCGCCAUUGUCGCCUAAAAUUAGAAGAUCACCAACGCUCACACACUGAAGAUGUCUGCUAGUCCCCGGCAGAGAUCUCAUUGGUUUCUUGCGUGAGUGUAGCUGGUCUGGCGAUACUGGAGUGCGUUUUACCCCUUCUCAUGCGACAAACACUGUUUUCGAACCACCGGGGUAAAGUUUUAACUGAUGACACAGUGGUCACCCUGCAUCGCCAUUAAGAAACUUUAUUUCUGCUUUGUUAUUUUCGGAUUUGUUAUUGAGCCCAAAUCGAGCAGACGAAAACCUCGAUCUUUCCACGAUGGCUGGCUACUCGGAAUCUCCCAAAAAU